UUAUUAGUCAGCGUAAAAUUAUAAUUAUCAGUUUGGGUCCACAGUGCGGCGCGGCGUUAGUCAGACAAGUGCACUUUUAUAUCACUUUUGCAUGUGCACAGUGCAAGUGACCGCGCAAGGUGAGUUGGUCCGGGGCACUGGUCGACGAGGCUUCAAUUUUUCAUACCAUGACAUAUAAUUUGAUUUUGCGAUCUCGAUCCUCAUAAGCCUUGUAUUAAGGGCGGUAAACAAUAAAUAAUAACGAGACUCUAUUAGAGGCCCGAAAUUGAUGACUGAAGGCUUUCGGAGUCGAGGUUCGUAAUUCCCAUACCGCCCGUGAAACACAAAAUUUUUCAUCACACUUGCACGUAAAUAGUAUGAUUGUAUGCAGGCUAACUUGAUUAUAAUGCCCCAAAUAAAACAGUCGGGCCAUUUUUCUUCUGUUUACAGUCAUGGUCGGGUUUACACAAGUUAGUAGAUAUAACAAAUUCAUUUACUGCAUUAGUUACGACGUCAAGUGUCGCUCAACUUUAGUUUUCCUUCUUUGCGGUCUCAGGACUGCACACAAUUUGCCUGCAACAAAUUAGGUACCGUGCCGAUUAAAAUAGUAUGAUAUUAAAGCCCUCCUAAAGUACUUACAUAUACAGAAAUGUUUAUACCUACAGAGAGAGUAUACCCAUAGCAAAAUCUGUCAAUAUCGGUAAGUAGAAUCAAGUUCAAAAAUCUCGCAGAGCUCUGGGGUCACCUGUAUAACAACGUCGUUCUUAAAUAUUAUAUAAUAAUGGCCGAAUCACGGUGACCAACGGACACGAUAGCGAGCGUUAUCACGCGAGUAGAGGGGAUUGCGCGCACGAGGGACGCUCGAGAGGCCCCGCCGCGCCGCCAGUUCGCAAGUCGCGGCCGACUGAUUUGCUCAUUGCAUGCGCGCCUACGCCGUCGCCAUGGCCAAACAGUUCACCAGGAAGGAAAUCUCCGAGAGAAAUACCAAGAAGGAUGCGGUGUUCAUCAUCGACAACAUUGUGUACGACGUGACACAGUUUAUUGAUGAGCAUCCGGGCGGGCACGAGGUACUGGUGAACGUGGCAGGUAAGGACGCUUCAGAAGACUUUGACGACAUCGGCCACAGCCUUGAUGCCAAGGAGCUCAUGAAGAAAUUCAAGAUCGGCGAGCUCGUCCCAGAGGACCAUAUCAAGCGUCAGCGGCGCUCUCUCAACUGGGAGGACAACAAGACUGAGAACGAGUCCACCUUUGUCGGUUCAUGGAAGUUUCCGCUGGUGCUGGGCAUCGUUAUGACGGUGCUCUACUCCUACUUAUUCGGCUAGCUCCUCGAACGUGUGCAUCUGAACGUUUGGCCCGGGCCAUUUCGUCAACCUAUUUCCCAAAUCAAGUGUAUAUACAGUGUUAUGGUGUUUUUGCCGCCUCUGCGUGGGUUCGUCUAGUUUAGUUUAAAGGAUAGUGUUAUUUAUACCUAUUGUUUGUAAUUUUUUGAGAUUUUUGUAUUGGUUUUUAGGGCUGUUGUUGAUUAAAUAUAUGGAUUUUGUUU